ACACCUCUGUUAAAAUCUCAUUGGUUCCCUUUGUACCGCGGGAAUGAUCAAAACAGGAAGUGUGGAAACACGAGUAGCCCAUGACGGACACUUCUGACUAUCCUGUGUUUUUUUUUAAAGAAAAGACAUGGCAGAGGUUGGUUUAUGUCGUCUCCUCGACAUACUUCGUUCACUUUAUCCAACUGUUCAAACAAUAGAAGAGUAUGUCGAUGGUGUCACUCUCAGCGAUGGCAGGAAAGUAGCCUUGGUUGAAGAUUCCGAUACCAGUCGCUUCAAGGCGCUCCUCAAAGGGCUAAUCGUGUGCGUUGAGAAGCCGAUGAAAGAUGCUCCGAGUAGCGACCAGCUCAGCACCUUACCGGAGGUCCUCGCUUACGUCCUGAACACCAUGAUGAAGAACAAGAACAGAAACGUCCUCAAGUUUGGUUACCUUUGGAGUGACAAAGACGGAGAUGCAGACCCUUUCAAAUUCCAUGGCGUGAUAACCAUGAGUCCCGCGUUUAUUCACAGCAGUGACCUCUGGAAGAAAAUUAACCAGCGACUGGGCACUGAUCUCACCCAACACCUGCUGCGAAACUGCUCCUUAUUUACUGCUGCGCCCCCCAACUGUCUUUUCCAGGUGUGUGGAGUGCCUGUAUACGACUUGAUGUCCGCCAACGCCUCAUUCAGGUUCCUCCUCUGUAAACCUCCUUCUCAACCUCCUCCAGCCAAUCCACCAAGGAAUAGCCAGGGGAGAUGGUCAAGGACCAAGGUACGUUCUCAAGAAGUUUCCAGAAAGAGGAAAAGGGAAAAUGGGCAGGAAUGUGCUGGAGAUUAUGAGGGAUUACCAGGGAAACGAAGACGUUGCCCGGCAGUGGAGAGGACAUGUGAUUCUGCAGGGCCAAGUCACAACACCGAUAUCAUCAAUAGUGAACAGACCUCCCAUCACAACAUCAAUGCCACUCAGGCUAUCAAUGAAAACUCCCGUGUCUCCAGGCACCCCAAAGGGGCCACAGGAACAGCCCAGGCUACGGCCACCUCUCAUGGCUCUUUUAGCUGGAAGCCAGCAGACCAGCCCUCUCCCCGGCCGUCGGAGUGCUUCAUCCGCAUGCUUCGCGUUCUCUACGGCGGCAGCGGCCUCAGGGGCUUUCUGCUCAACAGGAAGUUGGCGACGUGCGGGGCCAACGGCCCCAGGGGCCUCCAGGGGCCCGACGUGGUGCGUCUGGUGUUCCUGCAGGGCGAGGCGUACCUGCGCGGCGAGGAGCCCAGCCCCAGAAGACUCCCCCGCCGCUUCUUCAACAUGGCGCCUCUCUUCAGCCGCCUGCUGCGCAACCACAGGAAGUGCCCCUACUUCCACUUCAUGCGCAAGAAGUGUUCGGUAGCCACCACCGCCGGCACCGGGCCGGGGAGUGACAUGGCGUCUCUCCUGGCGGCCCACUGCCUGCCGUACCGGGUCUACCUGUUCGUGCGCGAGUGUCUUCUCUACGUGGUGCCGGAGGAGCUGUGGGGGUCCGAACAGAACCGCGCCCUGUUCCUCGCCCGGGUCAAGCAGCUGCUGAGGCUGGGGAAGUUUGAGAGCCUCUCCCUGGCGCAGGUCAUGUGGCGCGUGAAGGUCCGAGACUGCCACUGGCUGGGUCUCAAGGCCAGAGCCCACUGUCCCAGUGAGCACCGGUACCGGAAGCGUCUCCUGGGCCAGUUCCUGGCCUGGCUGCUGGAUAGUUACGUGCUGGGUCUGGUCAAAGCCACGUUCUAUGUCACAGAGAGCAUGGGCCGGAAGCACGCCCUACGGUUCUACAGACGAGAAGUCUGGAACAAGCUUCGUAACCUGGCAUUCAGGAAGCACCAGUCCAAGGGCCAGUGGCAAACCCUUACGCCACUGGAGGUGGCGUCCCUCCCCAAAACCACAGUGACCGCUCGACUUCGCUUCAUCCCCAAAACUCACGGCAUGCGGCCCAUCACACGAGUCGUGGGAACGGAUCCUGUAACCAAGCGCUUCCAGCGGAGUGUGAAGAACCUGCGUGAUGUGUUGGGUGUGUGUGUGAAGUCCUCGCCGACCCUGCUAGGCUCCACAGUCUGGGGAAGACAGGACAUCCACAGGGUCCUAAAGACCACCGCUCAGCAGCAGAAGACCAAACCCACACCACUGUACUUUGUCAAGGUGGACGUCAGCGGAGCAUAUGACAGCCUGCCUCAUGACAAGCUUGUGCGUGUGGUCAGUGAGGUGCUUCUGCCUGUGCAGGACGUGGCUUUCUCUGUGCGACAGUACGCCAAAGUCUGGAGCGAUCCCCUGCAGGGCCUGAGAAAACAGUUCUGCACAAGGGCAGAGGCCCAGGCCUGUAUCAACAUGAAAGGUUUUGUGAUGCAGGAACAGGAGAAGGGGAAACUCCACAAUGCCAUUUUGGUGGAAAAUUAUAACUCACCAGAUAUAAAGGGAGGAGACUUGCUUGCCUUUUUCAAACAGAUGCUUAAGAGUUGUGUUGUUCGGUUUGGAAAGCAAACGUUCCGGCAGGUUUGCGGCAUCCCUCAGGGGUCGGUGGUGUCCAGUAUGCUGUGUAAUCUGUGUUAUGGUCACAUGGAAAAGUCCCUGCUCAGCCACGUCACUGAGAAAGGAGGGUGCCUGAUGAGGCUGGUGGAUGACUCUCUCCUCAUCACCCCUAAACUCAACAGAGCCAUGUAUUUUCUCAAGACCCUGCUGGCGGGGGUGCCCCAGUACGGCUGUGUGGUGAACCCCCAGAAGGUGGCGGUGAACUUCCCGCUGGAGGAGGGCGUGAGGUUCCCCGGGGUGCAGGUGCUGCCCCAGCACUGCCUCUUCCCCUGGUGCGGCCUGUUGCUGGACACACAGACCCUGGAUGUCUCCAACGACUACUCCAGUUACGCUGGCCUAUCGCUGCGCUACAGCCUGACCCUGGGCUCCUCCCGCUCCCCCGCGUUGUUCAUGAGAAGGAAGCUGAUGACCAUCCUGCGGCUCAAGUGUGACGCCAUCCUGCUGGACCUCCGGACAAAUUCCCUGGAGACCGUCUAUAAAAACAUCUACAAGAUCGUGCUUCUCCAGGCUCUGAGAUUCCAUGUGUGCGUGCAGGGUUUGCCUAAAGGUCAGACUGUGGGGACUACUCCAGCCUUCUUCCUGAGGAUGGUUUGGGCGAUGGCCAGAACCACAUACACCUGCAUCAAACAGAACAACCACGAUGGUGCCCUGGGCUCUGCUUAUGGUGGCUGUCUGAGGCUUAAGGCCGUACAGCUGCUCUACUGCCUGGCGUUUGAAUGGGUCUUUGUUCGCCACCGCCACACCUACCGUUGCCUUCUCCCUCGCCUUCGUCAAAGAAAAUGGAGUCUGGAGAGGGCCCUGAAAGGAAUGAGGUUGGCGAGGGUCCGCCAGGCAGCUACCCCCAGAGUGCCACCUGACUUCAAGGCCAUCAGAGCCUGACCUUUGACCUCCCACAGGUCAACAGAGGAGAAAUCUGUUCUCUUCAAGAAAGUCAAAGGAUAUGUGUUACCCAUGAGGAUGAAGGUUCAAUGUGAGUGUGGUUCAGAGAUGCUGUUGGAGCCUGGUUAUAAAGUCCAUGUGGUUCUAGGCUAGAGCCUGGUUGUAGAGUCCAUGUGGUUCUAGGCUAGAGCCUGGUUUCCUUGUUAGGGGGUUGGUAAGGCAAUAGGUCCCUAAAACCAGCCAACUGAAUACCAGUGACACUUGUGGCCAAGGCCUUUAAGAAGCAUGUGAGGAGGAUGCAUUUGUGUUUUCAUCUGCAAUACAGACUCGUCAUGUGUUGGGACAUUUAGGAGAAAAGAAUAAUUUCCACAACCAUAACUUUUUUAUGUCGUUUCGGUUGUAACUUUAAUGGGAUCAAAAAAACUCCUGACUAAACACAUUGUACAUGCUUUAUGUUUACGGAAAGGCCUCAUUGCAUUGAUAUAAAACUGAUGCCGUAUCAGGUUUUCUCGUAAAAUACAACCCAUUAAAAUAUGAAGCGAAAGGUCAACUGCCAAGAUCAAAAGCAUCUCUGCUUUCGCCUCCACUCCCUGUUUUUCCCUGUGUUUGUUUUGUGUUUUUAAGAGAGCUUAUCUCCAAUGUGAAGUUACCAGUUUCACUGCUGCUUAAGUUGUUAACCUGUCCAGCAGAUGAACCGUCCCUCUGUAAUAGCUCAAAAUGCUAAACUACCUGAAUUACUGUCAUCAGUUACCAGAUCAGUUGUCCAUAGCAAGAGCAACAACAGAAUCAAAAACUACAAGCAAGAGAUCUGUUACAAGAUGUUUAUUAAUGUUUAUUUAAAAAAAAAUGGUUUCUGAUUUUCCAUGUUCUAUGCACUUUUAUUUCCAGAAGAGAAAUAAAUACUUAGCAUGAAAA